AGGUGGAGACUCGGUUCAUCGUUGCAGCGCGGCUCAGAAGAAACUUGUGCAGCCGAAACUUUGACCAACAUCGCUAAAUGUCUGUCACUUAACUAAUAUAAUUUAAAGUAUAUGUUGUUCUCGAACUCUCACAAUGUCUGACGAGGGAGAAGAAAGCGACAGCGGAGAAAGAGCGCAUCUCUCUGAGUCUCCCUCCCCGCCUCUGUCUGUCUGUCUUCCCCGAGGAUCUCCGUCCUCUCAGCGGCCCCUAGACUUCUUCUCCUCCGCUUCUCCGCUGCUGGGGGACACAGACCCACCUUACCUCGCCUCUCCGGAGUGUCUGCACCCUUCUCCAGAGAACCGGGAGCCUGGGGACUCCCCACACUUUACGCCGCACAGCAAGUUCCUCCAGGGCACCGGGGAUACCGGGGAUACCGGUUCUCCGUUUCGCUCCGGACAGGAUGUGCGGUUAGAUGCAGUUUGCGACCGUUACGCUGACCCGCUUCCCAAGUGGAGAGGACGAGGCGCGGCGAACGCUGAGCGACUUCAGCACCGCGGACAGAGACUCCAUCGGGCUCCGGAGCUCUCGGACUACGGGAACCACUACUCAGUGGAGCACAUAGACACCGAGUUCAACUCCGAAACCCGGCAAACGGUGGAAGCCAUGCAUCGCCGGCACACCACACUGAGGGAGAAGGGGCGUCGCCAGGCAGUGCGGGGCCCGGCCUACAUGUUCAAUGAACGUGGCUCACCCCUCACUGCAGAGGAGGAGCGUUUUCUGGAUGCUGCUGAAUACGGAAACAUUCCUGUGGUCCGCAAAAUGUUGGAAGAAUCCAAAACCCUUAACUUCAAUUGUGUUGACUACAUGGGUCAGAAUGCUUUACAGCUUGCAGUGGGCAAUGAGCACCUAGAAGUGACCGAGCUGCUGCUAAAGAAGGAUGGUUUGGCUAGGAUAGGAGAUGGCCUGCUUUUGGCUAUCUCCAAGGGUUAUGUUCGGAUCGUUGAAGCCAUUCUCGCCCACCCUGCCUUUGGGGGGGGUCUGCGACUGGCUUUAAGCCCCCUGGAGCAGGAGAUGCGUGAUGACGACUUUUACGCUUAUGAUGAGGAUGGAACACGUUUUUCGCAUGACGUCACGCCCGUCAUCCUGGCUGCUCACUGCCAGGAGUACGAGAUCGUCCACAUUCUUCUGACAAAGGGCGCACGCAUAGAAAGGCCACAUGACUACUUCUGUAAGUGUUCAGAAUGUGUCGAGAAACAGAAGAAAGACUCGUUCAGUCACUCACGCUCCAGGAUGAAUGCUUACAAGGGCCUGGCCAGUGCAGCUUACCUGUCGCUCAGCAGUGAAGACCCUGUGCUGACUGCUCUCGAGCUCAGCAACGAACUGGCAAGACUGGCCAACAUCGAGACAGAGUUUAAGAAUGACUACCGUAAGCUGUCCAUGCAGUGUAAAGACUUUGUGGUGGGUGUGUUGGACCUUUGUCGGGACACUGAGGAAGUGGAAGCCAUAUUGAACGGGGACGUGGACCAGUGCCCCCCAAGUCCCUACAACCGACCCUGCCUCAGCCGUGUCAAACUGGCCAUCAAGUACGAAGUCAAGAAGUUUGUUGCCCAUCCCAACUGCCAACAGCAGCUGCUGACUAUCUGGUAUGAGAACCUGCCUGGUUUGAGGCAGCAGUCCGUUGGGGUGAAGUGCUGGACAGUGCUGGGGGUCACCGUAGGUUUGCCCUUCCUGGCCAUUGCCUACUGGAUAAUGCCAUGUAGCAAGCUUGGUCAGAUCCUGCGAAGCCCCUUCAUGAAGUUCGUAGCUCAUGCUGUCUCCUUCACCAUCUUCUUGGGUUUGCUGGUUGUUAACGCCUCUGACCGCUUUGAGGGAGUCAAGAACCUUCCCAAUGAGACCAUCACAGACCACCCACGACAGGUGUUCAGGGUCAAGACCACCCAGUUCUCCUGGACAGAGAUGUUGAUCAUGAAGUGGGUGUUGGGUAUGAUUUGGUCAGAAUGUAAAGAGAUCUGGAGCGAUGGGCCCAGGGAGUAUGUGAUGCACCUUUGGAAUGUUCUGGAUUUCGGCAUGCUCUCCAUCUUCGUGGCAUCCUUCACGGCACGCUUCAUGGCAUUCCUCAAGGCGUCCAAAGCUCAGCAGUAUGUGGACAUGCAUGUACCAGACGAAGACCUCAGUAACGCCUCACUACCUGAUGAAGUCGCUUACUUUACUUACGCCAGGAACAAGUGGCGCCCAUCUGACCCCCAAAUCAUCUCAGAAGGCCUGUACGCCAUCGCUGUGGUGCUGAGUUUUUCACGCAUCGCCUACAUCCUGCCGGCCAACGAAAGCUUCGGCCCACUGCAGAUCUCUCUGGGGCGCACAGUCAAAGACAUCUUCAAGUUCAUGGUCAUCUUCAUCAUGGUGUUUGUGGCCUUCAUGAUUGGCAUGUUCAACCUUUACUCGUACUACCUGGGAGCCAAGUACAAUCCUGCCUUCACCACCGUGGAGGAGAGUUUUAAGACUCUCUUCUGGUCGAUCUUCGGGCUGUCCGAGGUGAUCUCAGUGGUGCUGAAGUACGACCAUAAGUUCAUAGAGAACAUCGGCUACGUGUUGUACGGUGUCUAUAAUGUCACCAUGGUGGUAGUCCUUCUCAACAUGCUCAUCGCCAUGAUCAACAGCUCAUACCAGGAGAUAGAGGAGGAUGCCGAUGUGGAGUGGAAGUUUGCCCGGGCCAAGUUGUGGCUCUCCUACUUUGACGAGGGUCGCACUCUGCCUGCCCCCUUCAACCUGGUUCCCAGUCCCAAGUCCUUCUACUACCUGGUCCUCCGCAUCAAGUCCUGCCUGAUACGCCUCUGCAAAGCCAAUGGCCAUCGCCAUAACAACGAGCUGGAGCUGGGCAUGCUAAACUCACAGGCAAAGGAUGAGCACUUCAGGUCUUAUCCACGACCAGGAGAAGAGUUCAUGCAGAGAAAAUCUAGAAAACACCCAACCAGGUAUCAGAAGAUCAUGAAGCGCCUGAUUAAACGGUAUGUGCUAAAGGCUCAAGUGGACAGAGAGAACGAUGAAGUCAAUGAAGGUGAGCUGAAGGAGAUCAAGCAGGACAUUUCCAGCCUCCGUUAUGAGCUCCUGGAGGAGAAGUCCCAGGCCGCUGGAGAGCUGGCUCUGCUCAUCCAACAACUUGGUGACAAGUUUGGCAAGAACACCAUGAGACACUGACAGGACUCGCAAGAGGGAGAGAGAGGGAAGGAGGGAAGGAGGGAGGAAGAUGUGAAAGAGGGUGAAAUCAGGAGGAGGGCAGAGAGCAGGGUCAGGGCAGGAGGAGGGAGAGAAAAGUGAGAAACAGGGAAGAAAGUGGAAGAGUAGCUCGAGAGAGAAAGAAAUAGGAGUGAAAAUUGCUAACAUAAGGCAAAAAGCAAAUGUUUUGUAUAUGCAAUGACCAAUUAGGGAGAAAUUUAAAAAAGAAGAUAGCUGAGACUGCAAGUGAGCAUGAGGUCAAAGGGUCAGAGGGGAAGUUGGGGGGUGGGGGUUGUUUUGACAGUUGAAUUCUAAUUAAAGGCAGCAUCUUCAGGGAGUGAGAGAGGAGAGGAAGACAGAGGCUCGCAGGCUGGAUGGGAAAUAGAGGGAGACGAAGGAGGAGGAGAACACAAGCACCAUGAGAUAUGAAGAGGCACUACAGGGCAGAAGACUGAGGCAGCAAUGAGGGCCCCCACAUCCGUUACCAACUUGAUAGAGAGCGAGAGAGAGAGGGAAACCCAGAGAAGGGAUGACACCGAGGCUGGGCUGGAGGGGGAGGAAGGAUAAGAAAGAAGAUAUCCGAGAAAAAAAAAACUGCCACUGUUAUUCACACCAGAAAGGCCGGCUUUGCUUCUGUGUCUUCACUUUGUCAGGACAAACAGGGAUGCCUGUCGAGAUACUGAACACUGCUUUAAACACCAGGCUAUCUAAUUAAUGCAUAUCCAUCCACAAUGCACAACCUGUGAUCAGGGGUCAGAGAAUUCAGGAAAAAGCGGGAAAUACUGUAGGAUUUAUGCACUCAGUUGCACGUCAUUAAAGAAAUAGCUCACAGACAAGCUCACUAUCUUCUCAUCUUAAUCCAUCAAUUUGAGAAAUUUGUAUGUCCACAAUAACACACAGUGUGUUGUAUAUAUAGAGAGUAUUGCAGCUCCAUGGGAACUGUCUCUAAGAGAUCUUAUGUUAGAAAGAAUAAACUUUGUAGAGUUACAAAAAAAAGUCAUAGUGGCAAUAACAUUACUCCAGACAGCAUCUUUUUUGAAAUCAUUAAAAGAAUUUCACAAAACCUCUGUUGCUUUGUUUAAAGUUUUGUUCUCAUUCAUAUUGGAACAGCUUUAUACCAAUAAAAGUGUUGAAAUAUGACCUAGAUAAAUGAUGUGGAUAUCCGCCUCUUCAUUGCGCCUUUGCAGCACAAAGUGUCUCGCUGCGACUCGUUUUCUAACAUAGCAACCAAAAGCGACAUGUCCUUGAGGACCUGUGUUUACAGCUGUAAAUGCAGUCGGUCAGUGCUUAUGAGAAGCGCGCGAAGAUGGCAAAACUCUUCUGUCUGAUUGCUUUAGAGAAACCAGACAUUUAUGAGAUGAGAAAAUCAUGGAGAUAGGCUACAGAGACAUGUGAUAUUUGUCUUUUAGAACAACAGUGCAAUCACUUGUCUGUAAAACGCUGGGAUUCUGCUGCAGAAAGCUGUGUGGAGUAAUUUUAUGGUCUUGUGUUUCUUUUGGAGACUCAUUUGACAUACUGCUGCACUAGCUAACUUGUUGUAUUAGACACCCGCGAUCCGACUGACACGUGGAUGAAUAGGUAAUAGAUGAACUGCUUUAACUAAAAAUUGAAAACAUGUGAUCCCAAGUAUAACGUGCAAUUUGAUAAAUUGCUAAUUCUGGCCACUAUUAAUGAGAUCUUUUUUUUAUUGUGCAAAGGGGAACACUUUCUACUAGUUGAUAGAAACAGGUUGGCCUGUGGGGUCAGUCACAGUAUCUGUCCUUCAUGGAACAGCAGCACAGGUUGGGAUUUUGACAACAAAAAUAAGCCAUUAACCGAGGUCUAUUUAGAUGCAAAUCCCCAGUCCUGAACACAGUCAAGAUUAACCAAUAAGUACAAGAUCUGCUCAGAUUAUGUUUGUAUUUCUAGUUAGAAUCCCAUGUUGUCAUUUUGUUUAUUUGGUUUGUUUUUUUUUUCAGUUUUUAUUGAAUAACAUUUUUUGGAUUUAUUCAAUGGAUUGCACAGGUUCCUCCCAGGACCGCGCUGUGGAUUCAGAUAAUUUGAAUACAUCAUACAAUCCCCCUCAUCCCCUUCAAAACCAAUUGGAUAACAUCAAAAAUAAAAUGUAAUCAAGCUAAAACCUCACAAUGUUAUUAUUCUGUUAUUGUGUGGAUUAGCCCCAUCGGGAAGGAUCAGCAGGAGUCUACUGUACCUAAUAACACAUUUAGAGGGCUAUUGUUAUCAUUUGUUUUGGGGGGAUAAACAUAUCAAAUCUUGUUCAUCUUAACAUCAUUAUCCAUUACAGUAAAACUUAAGCUUGCAAGACUGUGAGAUGAUUUACUGCCAUGACAAAUGUAUCACAAAUGUAUUUGAACCCUUACAGGUAGUUUUUAAGCUUCCUAGGUUAAAAGCCUAAACUCAUUAGUAGGUGUAGUUGGCCCAAAAUGCUUUUUUGCACCAUUAAAGUUGAGUGCUAGUUUUUAAAUCAGAAGUGUUUUAGAGACGUGAGGUUUUCAACAUGUAACAACAGAAUUUUGUUUCAGAUACACAGAUGUUGUUUAGAGUCAAGUUUCAUUUAAAUAAGUAGUUGGACUUAAACUUGUGUCUUUAUUUAUUUGUACUGUGUGCGUGUCACAGAGUGAAAGAGCAGCUAACUAUUUUAUGUGUGCAGAACCAGGCUACUAAUGGAAAGAUAUGGUUUUUAAUGAUUCCCACUGCCAGAAAGACAAAUUACCUGAAAUACUGUAUUUUUAACUUGUACGCAAGAAAUGUUGAUUAAAGCAAAAUCUUGUACUGUAUAUUGUCAUAUUUUUGAUCCUUGAAUUAAAGAGAGUAAGCUCUAAA